AUGGCUGAAUUCUUCCACCACAUGGUUGAAUCGAUGCAUGAUUCCAACAGGAUUAACUUUGAGAAAAUGAGGAAAAUGGGUGGAGUGGAGUUUGAAGGUACUGUUGAUCCCACGGAUGUUGAACAAUGGCUGGAGCGCAUGAAGAGGGUAUUUGAGCAGCUUGAGUGUUCAGAUGUUGCCAAAUUUAAGUAUUCUAUUUCACUAUUACAAAAUGAUGCUUAUGAUUGGUGGGUAAGUGUUCCGAAUGCCAAGGUAAAACCUCCUAUUCUUACUUGGGAUAAUUUUCUUAAGGAAUUUCCUAUGAAGUAUGUCCCAUCUGCUUAUUGUGAUGCAAAGAAAAAAGAGUUUUUGAAUCUAAGGCAACGAGGCAUGUCUAUUGUUGAGUACCAACAUAAGUUUCUAAGGCUCUCUCGUUAUGCUGGAGGUAUUAUUAAAGAGGAAAAAGACAAGUGCAAGAAAUUUGAAGAUGGUUUAAAUGAUUCCAUUAGGAAGAAUGUGGCGAUCCUGCAACAUGAGAACUUUUGCCUAUCCAAAAGGGGAAGAUUUGAUGAUUCCAAGGAUGGUAGUGAUAACAGGCCACCUCAACAAAGGCAAAACAAAUCAGAAUUUUCUACAACUAGCACUCCAAAUUAUGGCCAAAGAAAGCCUCGCGUUCCCACUUUCCCACAAUGUGGAAAUAAUCAUUAUGGUACUUGCAAGAGAGCUUCUGGUGCAUGUUUCAAUUGUGGGAGCUUUGAUCAUAAAGUGAAGGAUUGUCCUAAUCUUAAUAAUGCUCCUUCCUUGAGAACUGAAGGCUCAGUUCAUAAGCCUUCUAUUAAUCCUCCUCAAACUAAUAGAGGUGCAAGACCUAAAAACACCCAAGCAACAGGUGCAAGUGGAGCUAAUAAAGCUAGUGGACCAAGGGCUAUUGCACGCACUUAA